CUGCCUGAGGCAGGCAGGCAGGCGGGCGGGCGGCCGGCUGCCGGGGGCGGGGCGGGAGGAGUCGUGCUCAGGAGCGGGAGGGAGAUCCGCCGCGGAGUUACGGGAAAGUUGGUCCGAGUUCCCAGAGUUUCCCUCUGUGGUUCCCUAGGCUCGGCUGGCUGGUGCUCCGGCUCCUUUCCUCCUUUCGGCCUUCGCGGUCCACCGGGUCCCUCUCUCUGCCCCCGGCCGUCAUGGAGCAGCCGCCGGCGCCUAAGAGUAAACUAAAAAAGCUGAGUGAAGACAGUUUGACUAAGCAGCCUGAAGAAGUUUUUGAUGUAUUAGAGAAGCUUGGAGAAGGGUCUUAUGGAAGUGUAUUUAAAGCAAUACACAAGGAAUCUGGUCAAGUUGUCGCAAUUAAACAAGUACCUGUUGAAUCAGAUCUUCAGGAAAUAAUUAAAGAAAUUUCCAUAAUGCAGCAAUGUGACAGCCCAUAUGUUGUAAAGUACUAUGGCAGUUAUUUUAAGAAUACAGACCUCUGGAUUGUUAUGGAGUACUGUGGUGCUGGCUCUGUCUCAGACAUAAUUAGAUUACGAAACAAGACAUUAACAGAAGAUGAAAUUGCAACCAUUCUUAAAUCUACAUUGAAAGGACUAGAAUAUCUGCACUUUAUGAGAAAAAUACACAGAGAUAUAAAAGCUGGAAAUAUUCUCCUCAAUACAGAAGGACAUGCAAAAUUGGCAGAUUUUGGAGUGGCUGGACAGCUAACAGAUACGAUGGCCAAACGCAAUACUGUAAUAGGAACUCCAUUUUGGAUGGCUCCUGAGGUGAUUCAAGAAAUAGGCUAUAACUGUGUUGCUGACAUCUGGUCCCUUGGCAUUACUUCUAUAGAAAUGGCUGAAGGAAAACCUCCUUAUGCUGAUAUACAUCCAAUGAGGGCUAUUUUUAUGAUUCCCACAAAUCCACCACCAACAUUCAGAAAGCCAGAACUUUGGUCCGAUGAUUUCACCGAUUUUGUUAAAAAGUGUUUGGUGAAGAAUCCUGAGCAGAGAGCUACUGCAACACAACUUUUACAGCAUCCUUUUAUCAAGAAUGCAAAACCUGUAUCAAUAUUAAGAGACCUGAUCACAGAAGCUAUGGAGAUCAAAGCUAAAAGACAUGAGGAACAGCAGCGAGAAUUGGAAGAGGAGGAAGAAAAUUCGGAUGAAGAUGAGCUGGAUUCCCACACCAUGGUAAAGACUAGUGUGGAGAGUGUGGGCACCAUGCGGGCCACAAGCACAAUGAGUGAAGGGGCCCAGACCAUGAUUGAACAUAAUAGCACCAUGCUGGAAUCCGACUUGGGGACCAUGGUGAUAAACAGUGAGGAUGAAGAAGAAGAAGAUGGAACUAUGAAACCUUUUAUGAAUGAUGCUCCAAUAGACAUGGGUGUACAGAUAUCUUUUCAAGACCCUGCUUUCAAUUCGGGUAUAUAUCCAGAAGAAAUGCAACCUCACCACAGGUACAAAGACCAUCUUUCAUGGACUACUUUGAUAAGCAAGACUUCAAGAAUAAGAGUCACGAAAACUGUAACCAGAACAUGCACGAACCCUUCCCGAUGUCCAAAAACGUUUUUCCUGAUAACUGGAAAGUCCCUCAAGAUGGAGACUUUGACUUUUUGAAAAAUCUAAGUUUAGAAGAACUACAGAUGCGGUUAAAAGCACUGGACCCUAUGAUGGAACGAGAGAUAGAAGAACUUCGUCAGAGAUACACUGCAAAAAGACAGCCCAUUCUGGAUGCGAUGGAUGCCAAGAAAAGAAGGCAGCAAAACUUUUGAGUUUAAUUUCCUCUCUGUUUUCAACUAUUCUGGAGACUAAGAAACCACUAAGAAUUGAAGGAAUAUUAUUUGGAUAUUUUUAAUCCUAAGAUUUUGCCCUACAGUUAGGCAGAGGUCAAAAACUGACAAUGGUACAUGCCCAAGUAAAUUCCCAAAAGGCAGAAUUGAUGGUUUUAUCUGCUGUGCAUUCACUCUCAUGUGAGGAGAACAACAGAAAUAUAUAUUGUCUUGUUCUGUCAGUUGCAUACCAGCGGUAAAACUGUGUUAUGAAAUGGAGGCUGCAUUUAGAGACCUUGAAAAUCCAAAGCGAUUGUUGAAGUGUACAGCACUGAAGGGCUUUGUGUCACAGUAUUCUUUAUUCCUAUCUAGGAGGCUAUUUAUUGUAUCCCCUUAGGUAAACUUAUUUAUUUGUGCUAUUUUGCUUUGUUUUAUUUUUUAAGGACAAGAUCAGGAUCGCUUUGGUGAAGGUGGGGUCAUGUUAAUAUGAUGAUAAUGUGAUGUUCAACCAAAUUAUACUUUCUGCAGGGAGCUAUGGGGUACAUUCCUUGAUUUCCAGGAUAAUUUUCCAAUAGAAAAGCAAUAAUGGCAAUAGUUCUGAAAUGGACUAGGCCUUUUUUUUAAUAUCAAAGCAAUAAUUCCAUUUUUACCUUUUGAAAUUUUGUUUAAUUUUUUGAUUUUUGAUGUUUGGUACAAAUAGAAGUAUAUAUAUUUAGGUAAAAUAGAUCUAUAGUGUUUAAAACCAAAGAUAUCAAUGAAACCCUUGCACAAAAAAAGUGUGAUAAAUAUUUUUAAAUAAAAACAAUACAAAUAUAAUUUGUUAAUAAUGUUUUCUGUGUAGAUCUAAUAGCUGAACUGAUUCAAACUGUAAUAAGCUCAUCAAUUUCAUUUCUAUGAAAAUGUGCUCUAUUGUCACAGGAUGUUUCUGUUGAUUUUUUUCAUUUCCUGGGAAUUGGUAAACAUGUGCCUAAUAACCCAAUAGCAAAAACAUUUGUACGGAAUGGUACAAGCCUUGGGGACUGAAAAAAAAAAGCAAGAUUAAAACCAUUAAAAAGAAACUCAUUUUUACACCGAAUGAACAUUUGUAUGAUUGCACUGGGACCACUCAUUUCCUAGCCACAUUUGGCCAUCUUGCCAGUGUUUAUUCUUUUGUGUGUUUAAUUAUUAUGUGUAAAUCAUAAAGACAAAUAAAUUUCACUGUGCCACCAGCA